AUGAUGCGGGCAUUUCGCAGGUUUCCGCUGGCCAAGGCAGCCAAGGUCGUCCAGCAGCGGGCCCUGCCAGCACAGUACGCCCGCGCUUUCUCGGCCCAGCCGGAAGCGUUCAAAGCGGCUUACGAGGCUCAUGUGGCCGAUCGUGCCGCAGAAGGCGGCCUGCCACCUUUGGCCUUGGAUUCCAGCCAAGCCGAAUCUGUGGUCGAGAUGCUGAAGAAGGCUCCUGCCGAUGGUGCUUUUUACGUUGACCUCCUGCGCAACCGGGUGAACCCGGGUGUCGACGACUCCAGCUAUGUGAAGGCAAACUUCCUCCGCGACAUCAUCCAUGGCACCGUCUCGACGCCCUUGGUUUCCAAGGCGGAUGCGGUGGAGAUGCUCGGAUGGAUGCAGGGAGGUUACAACGUCGCUCCACUCGUGGAGGCCCUGGACCUGGACCCCGAGCUUGCCUCCGGCGCCGUCAAAGGCCUCAGUCGCAUGAUCUUGAUGUUCGACGCCUAUCAUGACGUCGAGGACAAGAUGAAGAAGGGCAACCCUUUUGCCAAGCAGGUGGUUGAGUCCUGGGCAAAUGCGGAUUGGUUCACAAGUCGCCCCACAGUUCCGGAGAAGGUGACUCUCUGCGUCUUCAAGGUUACCGGUGAGACAAACACCGAUGACCUGUCGCCGGCCCCGGACGCCUGGUCACGUCCAGACAUCCCCCUGCACGCCUUGGCGAUGCUGAAGUUUCCUCGAGACGGCAUCACCAAUGCCUCCGAGCAGAUCGCAGACCUGAAAACGAAGGGUCACCAGCUCGCCUAUGUCGGAGACGUUGUGGGCACUGGCUCUUCGCGCAAGUCGGCUACGAAUUCCAUCCUUUGGUACAUGGGCCAGGACAUCCCCUGCGCCCCGAACAAGCGCACCGGCGGCUUCGUGAUUGGCGGCGUUAUUGCGCCCAUCUUUUUCAAUACCAUGGAGGACUCCGGUGCGCUGCCCUUGGAGAUGGAUGUCAAGGACCUGAACAUGGGCGACCUCAUCGACCUUUGCGUGUAUGACCAAGUUGUCAAGAAGCAUGGCACCGACGAGGUCAUCACCAAGUUCGACCUGAAGCACGGGCUGAUGCUGGACCAGGUGCAGGCGGGCGGGCGCAUCCCGCUGAUCAUCGGCCGUGGACUCACCAACAAGGCCCGCGAGAGCCUCAAUUUGGGCAUGUCCACCACCUUCAAGCAGAUGGCCCAGCCAGAUGUGAAUGUGAAGGGUUUCACGUUGGCUCAGAAGAUGGUUGGCAGGGCCUGUGGCGUUGAUGGUGUGGUGCCGGGUGCUUACUGCGAGCCCCGCAUGGGGACGGUGGGCUCCCAGGACACCACCGGGCCCAUGACCCGCGAUGAGCUUAAGGAUUUGGCUUGCUUGGGCUUCCAGGCGGACCUCGUGAUGCAGUCUUUCUGCCACACUGCCGCCUACCCGAAGCCUGUGGAUGUGAUCACGCACCGCACCCUGCCCAAGUUCAUCGCCGACCGGGGCGGCGUGGCCCUGCGCCCCGGCGACGGAAUCAUCCACUCCUGGCUGAACCGAAUGCUUCUGCCAGAUGAGGUCGGAACUGGAG